UCCAUGUUUGUUUUGCUGAUAGUCUUAUCUGCCGUUUUCAUUUGUUUGAGGAGGAGGAGAAAAUUUACAAAUUUAUUUAGACAACCAGACAUUGAAAAUGAGGAGGACAAAAACGUUGGAACUCUAUUAUUUGACUUGAGUACAAUUGGAACUGCCACCAAUAACUUUUCCGACACAAACAAGCUUGGAGAAGGUGGUUUUGGAUCAGUUUAUAAGGGAGUGCUACCAAAUAGCCAGGAAAUAGCUGUGAAAAGACUUUCAGCAGGUUCCAAGCAAGGGCUCUUGGAGUUUAAAAAUGAGGUUGUUUUCCUUGCUAAGCUUCAACAUAGAAAUCUUGUGAGGCUAUUGGGAUUCUGCUUAGAACACGAAGAAAUGCUACUAGUCUAUGAAUUUCUCUAUAACACAAGCCUUGACAAAUUUUUAUUUGAUCCCAUGAAAAAUAGGCUGCUAGACUGGGGAAGGCGGUACAAUAUUAUUGAAGGGAUUGCAAGAGGGCUUCUUUAUCUUCACCAAGAUUCUCCACUCAAGAUUAUUCAUCGGGAUCUGAAAACAAAUAAUGUUCUGCUAGAUCAGUACAUGAACCCUAAGAUUUCAGAUUUUGGUUUAGCAAAGCUCUUUGAUGAAGACAAAACACGAGGAAUUGCUAGCCGAAUUGCUGGGACAUAUGGGUACAUGGCACCAGAGUAUGCAAUACAUGGACACAUCUCAACAAAAUCGGAUGUAUUUAGCUUUGGAGUUCUUGUUCUAGAAAUUGUGACUGGUCGACGAAUCACUGACUUUACAGGAUCAGGGUAUGCUGCGAAUCUCCUAAGCUAUGCAUGGAAGCACUGGAACGCAGGGAAGGCACUGCAUUUGAUGGAUCGAAGCCUUGGUGAUCAGUAUGAUAGGCAAGAAGCCUCCAGAUGCAUUCAUAUGGGUUUACUCUGCGUCCAGGAAGACCGAACGAAGAGACCAAGCAUGGAAUUGGUUGUUCUCAUGCUGAGUGGUCACUCUGUCACUGUUUCAACUCCUUCUGUACCUGCAUAUCUUGUCCAAGGCAGUGCAACCACCGAGGUUGAUGUGGAUUCAGGAAACAGAAAUUCCAAUCCACCAAACGGGGAGAGCUCCUAUCAGUGCGAGGAAAAAUCUAACUCGGUAUCUAUAAAUGAUGUGACGAUUAGUGAAGUGGGACCUCGAUAACUUGCACAGGGAAGAAUUUGGUCGUUUGAUGAAAACGAUAUCAUGUUUUAACCAGUCUUGUUAGCACUCACAUUGAGAGAGCGUGGAACACUGUAACUUGAAAAGGUGUAUAUCUCAUCACAAAAUUGGAAGAACGGAACACAUUAUAACUCGAGGAAG